AUGAGUACUAAAGAAGAGACUUUUAAUAAUGAAAACGACAUUGAAGGAAAUACAGAAGAGAUUGUUGAUACAUUCGACGCUCUUGGAUUAAAUGAAAAACUUUUAAGGGGUAUAUAUUCUUAUGGUUUUGAAAAGCCAUCAGCAAUUCAACAAAGAGGUAUUAAACCUAUUUUGAAUGGUUACGAUACUAUUGGUCAAGCUCAAUCUGGUACAGGAAAAACAGCUACUUUCGUUAUUUCCUCAUUGCAGUUAAUUAAUUACGAUUAUGUUGCAUGUCAAGCUUUAAUUUUAGCCCCCACUCGUGAGUUAGCUCAACAAAUUCAAAAGGUUGUUUUGGCUUUGGGAGAUUAUUUAAAAGUCAAGUGCCAUGCUUGUGUCGGAGGUACCGUUGUAAGAGAAGAUAUUGAUAAACUUAAACAAGGAGUACAUAUGGUUGUUGGUACCCCAGGUAGAGUUUAUGAUAUGAUUGAUAAGAGACAUUUAGGUGUUGAUAGAUUAAAGUUAUUUAUAUUAGAUGAAGCAGAUGAAAUGUUAUCAAGAGGAUUUAAAGCUCAAAUAUAUGAAGUUUUUAAGAAAUUAGUACCAGAUAUUCAAGUUGCUUUAUUUUCUGCUACAAUGCCACAAGAAAUAUUAGAAUUAACUACUAGGUUUAUGAGAGACCCCAAAACUAUUUUAGUUAAAAAAGAUGAAUUGACACUUGAAGGUAUUAGGCAGUUCUAUGUUGCUGUAGAAAAGGAAGAAUGGAAAUUAGAUACCUUAUGUGAUUUAUAUGAAACAUUAACCAUUACACAAUCUAUAAUAUAUUGUAACACUAGGAAAAAGGUUGAUAUAUUAACUCAAGAAAUGCACAAUCGUCUUUUCACUGUAUCAUGUAUGCACGGAGAUAUGGACCAAAAAGACAGAGAUUUAAUUAUGAGAGAAUUCAGAUCUGGAUCAACAAGAGUUUUAGUAACAACAGAUUUGUUAGCAAGAGGUAUUGAUGUACAACAAGUUUCAUUAGUUAUCAAUUAUGAUUUACCAGCUUCACCAGAUACAUAUAUUCACAGAAUUGGUCGUUCUGGAAGAUUUGGUCGUAAGGGAGUUGCUAUCAACUUUGUUACCAACGAUGAUAAGGAAAAAGAUAAGUUAAAGAAAAUCGAAUCCUACUAUAGUACUCAAAUAGAAGAAAUGCCCUUAGAAGUUGCUGACUAUUUAUAA